GAUCAGUUGAUCGAUCAACCAGCGAUGACGUUGGCGCUAUCGAGGGUGGAUUACACGACGGUGGGAGUCACCUCACGUGGCACAACCAUUGUAUUUCCGCCUAAUGAGGCAACGGCGGCGAGGCAACCGCAAAAGUUCGCCGUUGCGGAUCACGACGGCGUGGUGCAUAUUUAUGGCAUGAAAAAGGGGGAGCUGCAAUUGUCGUUUAAAUCCUUGCCCGGCCCAAAGAUUCAGAAAAUGGUCCUUGGUGGCUCGAUUGGUAUGGUGAAGGAUAAGAUUUUCAUUGCGUACGCCAGCUCCGUGAAGGGACUCACGAGGAAGGGCAAGCUGUUCUUAGAGUUCGACACCAGCCUCAUAGAUCCGAUUUCCGCUAUGUACGUCCUCGGUCCUGAUCUCGCGGCGUGCGCGCGCGAUCUUUAUCACCGAUACCGAGACUGCAAGGACGCCGAUUCAUAUCUGGCCGGAGAAACCUUGCACGACGUCGUGCUCUUGCCCGGAGACGGCAACGUGGUGUACGCUAUUCUAGCCUGCACGGACUGCGCGGUGCGCGUUUUGCAUGGCACGAGCAGUCCGACGGUCCUAAGAUUGCCGAGCGCUCCUACGGUGCUUUCCAUAUACAGGUAUUAUUGGCCUGUCGCCCACAGCAUUUCGAGUGAAUUACUUUAUGUUACUCGUCCCGUUUUCAGAGAGGGAGAGGUAUACUCGAGAGACCGCGUGUUGGUCGGUACCGUGGACGGUAGGAUUGGACUGCUGAUCCUCCAGGGCAACAAAACUCUCCGAAUCACCUGGCUGCUGACCUCGACAGGCUCGGAGAUCACUUCGUUGGAUACCCAUCAGUUACAAGACGGUAUAGAUAUCCUCGUCGGUCGACAGGACGGAGUCGUCGAGGUGUACACGUUUCCCGACGAGGAUAUAUCGCCCAUUCUACGCUAUCACUACGUGAGCGGCCGUAUCUCUAGUUUUCAAAUUAAAUCAUAUUACAAUAUGUACUUUCGCGACGUAUCGUUACAGAACGCUGGCGAGAGCAUUAGCACAGUCGUGGGUGGGAUAAUCGGCGUCGCCAAUUACCCGGAGGUCCUCGUCACGACUUACUCGGGCCGAGUGUUCGGGUUGACCACCAGUCCUCCAGGUCUGCUGGAGGCGGGACAGAGCGACGUUGGACUGGCUAGGCUGAAGCUGGAGAUACAACAACUGCAGGAGAAGCUAAAUGAGGAGAAGGAAUCGGCCAAUUUUAUGCCGGACCCUCUGGCACCCUCGAUACUAGCAGUGAAACAUAAGAUGGCGCUGCACAAAGAGGACGCUUCAUAUUCCCUGUCCGUGGAGCUAGACGCGUCGAUCGACAAUAUUCUGAUACAAUCCGACACGCCUAUCAGCCUGUUGGAGACGGAGAACAAUAGCGCGGUGGUCAGCCUGUCCGCUUGCGAUCCUAGAGAGGGCAAUUUUGUCCUUGCCACUUAUCGAUGCCAAAUCAAUACGAAUCGUCUGGAGAUGCGACUGAGGUCCAUCGAGGGUCAGCCGGGUACCUUGCAGAUCUACGUAACGUCUCAGGUACAGCCGAAGCGUUGUCGAAAAAUCUCGGUUCCUAUUUACGCCUUAUCUCUGCAUGUCAGGCAGCACGAGGAUGAUAACGUCGCGUCCAGCGGUCCGUUUAACGAAUUGAAGUUAAACGGCAAUUUCACUAUUGCCGAGAUGCACGCGUGGCUCUCUUUAGCGUUACCGGACGUGCCCGAGAGACCUCAUAUUCACGAGGGUGAAGCUGUCUUAGUAUAUAUCUCGUCCUUUAUCGGAACAGCCCUUAAAUGCAAAUACAAAAAAGGGAGCGCGCUCUUUCUCGGCGAGAAUAUAUCCAGCAUCAUAAUUCUCAGAGAUAUCUUGACGAAGGAAGCGACGAAACGGAAGAUAAAGCUAGACGUAUUCUGCGAAGUAGCAGACGGAAGCAUAUCUAGAGUCUUGGAGUUAAUUCUCCCGCGACUGAGUGCGGCCUACGAUUUAAGCCAGAAGAUAAAGAUUCUCAAUGCUCUCGAGGAAUGGGAACUCCAAUCCAAUCCGCGAGAGAACUUGUGUUCCGAGUAUCAAGAGCUGUUGGAGAAGGAGACGGAGAUCAGAUCGCUUAUGGCGAAGGACACGGAGAUCCUGAACAGACUGCACGCUAUCAUUACCGAUUUAUACGUAGAUUGGGAACGAGCAAAGCGAUCUCGAAGGAUCAGCGGUAAGGAUGCUACGGCGAAGCUGAAACAUGCCCUCGAAUCCAGAGACUUGGCUACCAUCUUACAAAUUUUCAUCGGUAAAGCCGACGUAAGCAUGCCGACUCUAAUACCCGCGGAUAUUUAGAUUCGGAGAUUGCGAAUGAAGUGGACCAAUUUCUAUAAACAUGUUCAAGUAAAAAAUAUAUUUUUUAACGUUGAUUCACAAUAUAUAUAAACCGCUAAAUUGUA